AUGUCGGGGAAAGGAGAAUGCAGUGCGUGGGGUGGCAAAAGUGCCUGGGGACGGAAAGAGGAGGAUUGUGAACCGAUCGUUUCCUUUGUCGAAAUAAUGAGUGAAGAUCUGGCUGAGACUUUGAACGAAGAGGAACGUCGGAAGGAACAAGAGUUUCUACAAGCGAUUGCUGAAAGCGAAGCUACACCGUUUUGCUUGACGGUUUUGUCCAACUGUGCAGAUCAUAUUCCUUCAGCCACUGUGACUGUAACUCCUGAUCGAUACUAUCCGAAAACAGCCCAGGAUUCUGAUAUUUCGAGUGACGACGAGGAUGCCAGACAGUUUGUUACCGAUCUACUCUAUGCUAAGUUAACCGAUGAUGCACCAACACACAGCAGCCCAGUGUUCCGUAACUCUGGAGGAGAUAUGGUCACGAAACACGAUGCCAAUGCUUCUGCCAGGCGAAAUGCUGAUAAAGCCAUGAAUAGAAGUUUCUAG